AUGGCGCCGAAGGCGGUAUCGGCGGCGACGCCGUCGAAGACGGCGAAGAGCCCGGUCGACCAACAAAGCAGAUUAGGUAGAGGAUUGAAGAAACUUUCAACUGCAUUCACUACAGACCUAAAGGAUUAUGGGCCACUCCUUUCAAAAUGUCAGGAGGGAGUAGAUAAUACUUCCAAUUCCACCUAUAAAACACAUAAAAGUAUUUUAUGUGAAUAUAUAACUUCUGCUGUUAGAGGUACUUACGGGAAUAAAGCAGUAAAUGGAAAAAAAACAAAUAAUCAAGGUCCUGGUUCUAGUCCUGGUUCUAGCACUGUUUUCAGUGGAUUAGAUCGUACACAUCGUUGUAAAUUUUUACGAAUAUGUAUGAAAUAUUUAAUAAAAAAUUAUUGUAUAUCGGAGGAUGAUGUUAAGACCAUUUUAGAGGCAAUGAAGGAACGAGUUGAGUCAUGGUCCGUGGAAGGGCAUGUAAAAAAUAAACAAAAGUAUAAAAAAGCUUUUGGUAAAUGUAUAUCAAAGCCAUGGAAUGAGGAAAAAGAAGGAGAAAAAAAGUUAAAAUGUAGUGUUAUUAAUAUAAUUAAGGUUAGUGAUAGAGGUAAAGAGGGGACCUUGAACCCAUUGAAAUCGGCACUAACAGCACUAUCACUACUACCUGGUGGAGGAAGUGGAAAUUGUUCCAACGCAGCUAGAAACAGAGCUGGCAGUCAAUAUGAAAAUGAUUGUUCAUCACAACCAAACGCCGUCACCACUGGCACCGUCGUCGACGACGAUGUCGUCGACAGCGAAGACGAAGAUGAUGAUGAUCCAGUUGCUACUGUUGGUGGUAGUCCAACACCAUCACUAACAUCACAUUCAACAGGAAAAGGGAUAGGGAACUCUUCCUCCCCUUCCCUUUCUUCUUUUCCUUUUGACUCGAUUCAUCCUUAUCUUCCUCUAGUUCCUUCUAUCCUUGGAAUUAUCACCAUAACUUAUUACCUUUGGAAGUAUUUUGGCCAACUGGGUAAAAUAAGACGUUUCAGGAGAGCUCCUUUAAGAAUUCCUGGUCCAUCUAUACAGGAACAGCUCCUCGAUCAUGUGGAAGAAGCUGGUCCACAUGAAUAUCGAUUAGUGAAGGAACGAAAACCUCGUUCUGCUCCAACGAGAACGAAACGUUCUGGUCGCGUGAAUCGUGGAACGAUUAUUGAAAUUCAUUUUGAAGUGUUGGACGAAUGUCAAAAAGGCGACACACAAUUGAACCAAAAGGAUUUUCUGGAACUUUUGGUUCAAGAGUUUAUGGGAAGCGAACUUAUGGAAGAAGAAGAACAGGUUCCUAAGGAAGACGUUCUUAUGGAACACGUUCCAAUUUUAGGUUCCAGGUUACUGGUUUAA